AUGUCUACUUCUGUGGUAUCCAUUAUAAAUUCAUCAAUAUUCAUCUUCACAGGGUUCCCUGGACUGGAGGAAUACUAUCCUUGGUUCUCAAUUCCAUUCUCCUCAAUCUAUGCCAUGGUGUUCCUAGGAAACAGUAUGGUGCUUUAUGUAAUUCGUACUGAGCCUAGCUUGCAUCAGCCCAUGUUCUACUUUCUGGCUUUGCUGGCCACCACUGACCUGUGCAUGGGGCUGUCUACAGUGCACACGGUUCUGGGAAUUCUGUGGGGGCUCAGCCAGAAGAUUGAUCUGGAUAUCUGCAUUGCACAGACUUACUUUGUCCAUGGUCUGUCUUGCACAGAAUCUGGAGUCCUACUUGCCAUGGCCUUUGAUCGUUUCACAGCAAUUUGCAAUCCUCUAAGAUAUACAUCUAUUUUGACUAAUAAUAGAAUCAUUUAUUUAAUGGUGGCUAUUUUGAUGAGAAGUGCUCUAUCCAUUCUCCCUGUCAUUAUUCGCUUGAAAUUCUUUGACUACUGCCACCCUCACAUCCUCUCCCACUCUUUCUGCUUACACCAGGAUCUGCUCCGACUGGCCUGCUCUGACAUCCGCUUCAACAGCUUUUAUGCCCUGGCUCUGGUGAUUUGUACCUUGUUGCUGGAUGCUGUCCUUAUCCUCAUCUCCUAUGUUUUCAUUUUGUAUACAGUACUGGCAAUUGCAUCCCAGGAAGAGAGAUUUAAGUCUUUGAAGACUUGUGUUUCUCACAUCUGUGCAGUACUAGUGUUCUACAUCCCCAUCAUUGGUCUCACCAUGGUACACCGCUUUGGAAAGCAUCUCUCACCUUUGGUGCAAGUCCUAAUGGGCAAUGUCUAUGUCCUCUUCCCACCCCUAAUGAAUCCAAUCAUCUACAGUGUAAAGACUCAGCAGAUCCGAAGCAGGCUGAAGACAUGGUUUUCCCUGAAAAUGUAA